CCGUUUUCUGAUUCCUAAUGAGCAACAAUAAUCAGAGGUUGUUGAACCCGAACUCGAACCCGAAUCCGAAUCCGAAUCCGGAAAGGGUGCUGGCAAUCCCAGUGAAGAAGACUGAUCCGGUGGAGCUGUACCGACCGUUACGCGAGUUGGUAGCGAGAAAAUACUCAGAGAGCGAUGCAGAGAAAGUUGAAAGCGUUCUGGAAACCCUAAACAAAUGCCGCAGCGACAUGGUGGAGCGGGGGGACCUCUCCCUUCCCAUGCAACGUGACUGCCUCAUCCACUACUUCAAAUGCCUCUGCAUGGUUGAGCCACUCUUCAUCGCUAUCUCCUCCGACGCCGAUUCCGAACUUAUCAACUUUGUCUGGUACGACGCCUUCUACUCUGAGCAUAAUAAUGGAGUCAGCUCGCAGCACAACAGCAUCCAAUUGGAGAUGGCUGCUGUUGUCUUCAACAUUGGCGCCGUAUGCAGCCAGAUUGGGGCCUCUUCCGACCGCACCACGGCCCUUGGCCGUCACCUUGCAAUGGACGCCUUCAAUGCCGCCGCCAUAUUCUUCUUGAAACUCUGGAAGGAUCUCGUCAAGGACGUCUCCGCCACCCUCGACUUGACUCUCCUCUUCGCCGAGAGUCUUCACUGCCUCUUCUCCGCUCAGGCUUUGGAGCUCAAAUCACAGCAACAACUCAAAGACAACAGCAGUUCGGCUUUCGAAAAAUAUAGAUGUGCCGUUUCGUUUCAAUCGGCUUCUGAGCAUUAUCAGAGAGCGUAUGAUCUGAUAGUAGGUGAUUCGGUUGCAACCGAGCAUGUCCACAAAUUUGACCAAACCUGGAUAACUCAUCUUCAUCAGAAGAAGGAAUUCUUUCAAGUGGAGGCACGUCAGAGGCUAUCAUCCGUCCAACCCAUAUCCCAGCCACUUAGAUCAUUCUCAUCUAUCUGUGCUCUUGAUCAUGAUGCAGAAUCUGUCAAUGAAAAAUUAGUUAGAGCGAUUUGCUGGCGUGUGGACCAGUGGAUGCCCAAGCUAGAAGGAGUAUACCUUGACCUCGUCCUUUCCGAGGACAGCCCUUUCAAGAUUAUGGAUGGUGGAAAGCUGGUAGCUAACCCAUGGGACAUGCCUCCUCCUUAUCCAACGAAUUUUGCAAUCCCCUCGUCUUCGUCUUCGUCUUCAUCACAUAUUCUGGCAUUGCCUUUGAAGAAGAGUGAGCCGUUGGACCUCUAUGAGUCCUUGCGCAAUUACUUUGUCCUCAAAUACUCUGAGAGUGUGGCAAAGAGUGUAGAAGGCCUUCUCGAAUUGCUAAACAAAUUGCGUAGUGAAAUGCUGCGUGAUGACCUCUCUCUACCCUUGCGCCGUGACUGCCUCAUCCGCUAUUUCAAAUGCCUUUGCAUGAUUGAGCCUUUGUUCCCCAUGACUACCUCACCCAACCCACCUAUCUUUGUUUGGUACAAUGCCUUCAACCCACAAGAGAACUCUUCUCAGCACAACAUCCAUUUGGAGAAGGCCUCUGUUCUCUUCAACCUGGGAGCCCUCGGCUCCCACAUUGCUCUCUCCUGCGAUCUCACCACCAUCCAAGGCCAGCGCAUUGCCAUAGACGCCUUACAUGAUGCUUCAUAUUGGUUCUUAAUACUAACGCAUGAGGCUGAGAAGGCAUCUGCCACCAUUGACUUGUCAAUAAGCUGCACCCAGAUGCUGCACGAGAUAAUAAGCGCGCAGGUUGCUGACUUGGAAUGCAAUUUUCCUCAUCCCCGUUAUGCAUCAGUUUCUGCUGGAUGUCCUGUUUUUGUGCUUUAUCGGAAAGCUUUUGACAUGUCGACAUUGGGGCCUUUAGCUGAGACUCGUGUUCAAUCCUUGAUAGCUCAACAUCUUCUGUCGAUUAUGAGAACCUGCUUUAUUGAAUUUGCUCCUAGUGAUGUCACUGAACAAUUUCUUAUAGGGUAUUGUAAGGCUGCACAAUUUCUUACAGGGUAUCGUAUUCCAGUGGGAUGUCAACCACCAUGCUUGGACCUUCUCUCCAAGGCUGGCCCUGUCAUGAUUAAGGAUGAAAAUCUUGUGGCCAACCUUAGUGGCAGUGACAUUCGCAUUGGAGGAGAUGAGCUCCCAGGAGACCACAGUAACAUGGCCAUAGACCAAAACUGAACAAGCUUUAGGAAUUACCUGUUUAUUUUCAUUUUUAAAUUGGAUAUUGGAAUUUUGUUUGUUGAUGCUAGAAGCCUAGAACUAAAUUUGUGAAUAUAUUAUCCUCAUAAUUUUGUUUGAUGA